GCACAACAUUGCGACCGUGGAGAGGUUGUAUCAGAGCAACGGUCUGGAGGGAAUCAAACGGCUACGUGACAAUCUCAGCAAGGUGAGCUUGGUAUCCUUGUUCUCUGGUCUUGGUGGAGCAGAGCUCUUGAUGCAGAACAUCUUUGCUGGUGUUGAAGCCGUUGCACCUGAUCUUGGCCUUGAGAGGCCGCUUCAGCCACGAUAUAAGCUGGCAUGUGAUGUGGCCACAGAGUGCAUCGCAACAUUGCAGCAACAUCAGCACCCUCCAGAAGCUAUUUUGAAUGAUCUGCAACAUUUCCUGACUCCGGCUACCAUCAACACAUGCAGAUCUUUGGUAGACAAGUUCAAGAAGAAGAGAGAUGCGAAGUGUCAAGCUGUUGAGAAGUUGAAGGCCGACAUUCGAGAUCUUCGAGCCACUCAAACAUCAGAGUCCAAAAAAGAGUCGAAGGACAAGUCUGACAAGAAAGCAAAGACAAUUGCUGCGAACGAGGCCAAAAAGAGCAAGGACAAGUCUGUUGCCGAACUGCAGAAGAAGUUGAAAUCGCUUCAGGAGGAACUCAAGACCAUUGGCAACACCUUGAUGGUUGACUUGGUCAAGAUCAUGACCAUGAAAGGAGCAUUCAACAAGACAGUGCCUACCGUGGAUGGCAAGGUUUGGAUUUCGGAUCUGGCUGCAGAAGAGUUCUUGGUUAUUAUCGCUGGAUCAGUAUGCAAAGAUUUCAGCAGCAUGGGGAAGGGCGCUGGCUUCCUCGGGCAAUAUGUGAUUUUGUGUGCGAUUUUCAUAUCUCUGUGCUAUGUGACCAAGCCUGCUCUAGUGAUUCAUGAGUGUACACCGCGUUUCCCCUUUCAGAUUUUCGAGCAGACUUUGGGUACAUACACGGACUACCACACACUUCUGAACGCUGCAGACUUCGGUGUGCCAGUGCAGCGCAACAGAGCAUGGGAUGCAAUUCUGAGCAACAAGUGGACGCUUCCACGUGGACUUUGUGAACUACACGAGUUGUCGAGCAAAUGUGUUCUGGAUGCAAGCCUUUGGCUGUUGGCAGACGAUGACGAGGUCCAGGCUUACAAGAAGUACCUGGCCGACAUUGCAAUGAAAGGAUCGUCCGAUCCAUUCGACGAGCUCUUUGAAUCCAUAUUGAUGUUUGCAUUUGCCUGCCAUUUGUUUUUCCCAAAUUAUCCCUGUGAAUUCGAACUUUACACUUGUAACAUGUCUCACCAUGAAAAUAUAUAA